AUGCAGUCCAUUUGUUUGAUAGUAUUGCUGUUAGUUAAGUUGGCAAUUGGAGAAUCAGAUGUUGAUGCACUUCUAGAGCUAAAGAAAGGAAUUCAGAAAGACCCAUUGGAGAAUAUUCUUAUUUCGUGGGAUUCCAAGUCCCUAGCAUCUGAUGGGUGCCCCCUAAAUUGGUACGGUAUUAGUUGUACUGACGGCCAUGUGACAUCGAUCAUGCUAAGUAAUAUGAGUCUAGUUGGAAACUUUGAUUUCCCUGUUAUUGCGGGGCUUAAAAUGCUUAGUAACUUAUCAAUUUCCAGCAACCAGUUGACAGGCAAUAUCACAGACGAGGUUGGCUUGAUGGAGUCAUUGGAAUAUUUGGAUCUUUCUGGCAAUUUGUUUCAUGGGUCAAUUCCCUCUCAAUUGACCAAUUUAACGAACUUGGUGCUUUUGAAUCUUUCAUCAAACAAUUUAGAAGGCAUAUUUCCCUCUGGUUUGGGAAAUCUUGAGCAGUUGAUGUAUCUAGAUUUGCACUCUAAUGGUUUUUCUGGGGAUGUUAUGCUUCUUUUGUCCCAAUUGGGUGGUGUGGUGUAUGUCGACCUCAGCAGCAAUGGGUUCUCUGGAUCCCUGGACUUGGGGCUUGGAAACUCCAGCUUUGUUUCCGCAAUUCAAUAUUUAAAUAUCAGUUACAAUAGAUUGGAUGGGGACCUCUUCUCUCAUGAUGGAAUGCCAUAUUUUGACAAUCUAGAGGUGUUUGAUGCAAGUUAUAAUCAGUUUGUAGGUAAUAUACCUUCCUUCAAUUUUAUAGUCUCGCUUCGGGUUCUCAAGCUUGGAAGCAAUCAGUUAUCGGGCUCGCUGCCUGAAGCUCUUUUGCAGGAGAGCUCAAUGGUCUUGUCUGAAUUAGAUCUCGGCCUUAACCAGCUUGAAGGUCCAGUAGGGAGCAUCACAUCUGCGAAUUUGAAAUAUCUUAAUCUAUCCUCUAACAAGCUGUCAGGCACCUUGCCUGCCAAUGUGGGACACUGUGCCAUUGUAGACCUGAGUAAUAACAUGCUUUCAGGGAACUUGUCUAGAAUUCAGAGUUGGGGGAAUUAUGUGGAAAUUAUUGACUUAAGUUCAAACUCAUUGACAGGAACCCUGCCAAGUGAAACUACUCGAUUCUUGAGGCUUACUUCACUCAAGAUUUCUAACAACUCAAUGGAGGGUGUUCUCCCACCUGUGUUAGGUACAUACCCAGAAAUAAAAGUGAUAGAUCUUAGCCUCAACAAGCUUAAUGGUUUCCUUCUUCCUAGCCUUUUCAACUCGACAAGAUUGACUAAUCUUAACCUGUCUUUCAACAACUUCACUGGGGCAAUUCCUACUCAGGCAUCCAUGGAUAAACUUUUUGCAGAGUCCACCAAGAAUUUGAGCCUGGUGUCUCUUGAUCUGUCACAUAAUGCACUAAAUGGUCAUUUGCCCCCAGAUAUUGGUGAGUUCCACAACAUGGUCGAUCUAAAUUUGUCUAACAAUCAUUUUGAAGGCGGCAUCCCUGAUGACCUUCCAGGCGAACUGAAAGGAUUCGAUGUGUCUUAUAAUAAUCUCUCUGGUCUAGUACCUGAAAGCUUAAGGAGGUUCCCUGAUUCAGCAUUCCAUCCAGGAAAUCCCCUACUGAUUUUCCCUUAUAAGACAUCUGCACCAAAUGGUGUUCCAAACAUCAAUUUGGGAAGGCACGGCUCCCACAUGAAAUCUGCUAUUAGGGCUGUGCUUAUUGCAGGUUUGGUAGGCGGUGCUUGUAUUAUAGCUCUAUUGACAUUGUUGAUCUACUAUAAAACCCACCAACAGGAUGGUGGGAGGAACAAUUCAAAAGUAGUCGGCGGACAGAAAGACAUCCAGCAAGGUAUUUCUUUCCAUCCUGAUCAAUCAAGCCUAAACAAAGUGGUGGAACCAUCAUUAACUUCUCCUAAAUUCCCUCAAGAUCAUUCAUCCUCCUCACAAGUAGAGCCUACACUUGGGCAUGGGGACACUGCAUCAGGUGUACAAGCACAGAUGGUCAAAUAUCUUGGCCUGCCAGAAUCAAUACAGAAAAAUGAAGAAAUAUCUUCUCCCACUUCUCUCAUGUCAUCUGCUAAUCCAUCUCCUUCUACAAUCCAGCAUCUCUCUGAGGAUCCUGGUUUACUCAAGGUUUAUUCUCCAGAUAAACUGGCUGGGGAUCUACAUCUCUUUGAUAGCUCCAUCACAUUCACUGCUGAAGAACUUUCAUGUGCUCCUGCAGAGGUUAUUGGAAGGAGCUGUCAUGGAACACUAUAUAGAGUUGUUCUUGGCUCUGGUCAAGUAUUGGCAGUGAAAUGGCUGAAGGAAGGGAUAGCGAAAGGAAGGAAAGAAUUUUCAAGAGAGGCCAAGAAACUGGGGAACAUCAAAUAUCAAAAUCUAGUUUCUCUGCGGGGUUAUUACUGUGGCCCAAGGGAACAUGAGAAGAUGAUCAUAUCAGAUUAUGUCAAUGCACCAUGUCUGGCUCUCUAUCUCCAUGAUACAGAUCCCAGCACACUCCCACCCUUGUCUCUAGAUGAACGGCUCAAGAUUGCUAUAGAUGUGGCGCAUUGUUUGAACUACCUUCAUGGCGAGAGAGCAAUACCUCAUGGCAACCUGAAAUCCACAAACAUUUUACUUGACACUCCCAACUUGAAUGCACUCCUAACUGACUACAGUCUCCAUCGGAUAUUGACAUCGGCCGGAACAACUGAGCAGGUUCUAAAUGCAGGGGCCCUUGGUUACCGGCCACCUGAAUUUGGCAGCACAAGUAAACCCUGCCCAUCAUUGAAGAGUGAUGUGUAUGCUUUUGGGGUUAUCUUGUUAGAGCUCUUGACUGGAAAAAGUUCAUCCGAGAUUAUUCCUGGGAAUUCAGGAGCAUUGGAUCUGACAGAAUGGGUGAGACUUUUGGCUGCAGAAAACCAUUCCAUCGAGUGCUUUGACAGAGUGAUUUUGGGGGCCUAUAAUAGGGGGAACCUACCUAAAAGUCUGGAUAAUACGCUUCAAGUGGCCCUCAGAUGUAUUCUUCCGGCAGCAGAAAGACCUGAUAUGAAUACAGUUUUUGAAGAUCUUUCCUCCUAUAGUUUCAGAACAGGAUCCAGCUAGGUAGACCUCUAACCAUAUUGCCUGUUGCUAGCAGAAAUUGAUUGGUUCUCUCAGUUUUUCACAAUUGUUGCCUUUUUUGUUCAUUUCUGACAGUUUGAGGGAAUCACAAUAAAAUUUCUUGUAAAUAAAUUGUUCAUUAUUCUUUAAAUUCCUUAUCCAGGGCUGCAAUUUCAUUCUGAAAGAGUUCUAAUGUGUUUGAGCAAAUUGUCUUGUGAAGCCAACUUCUCUUUGUGCUGUGUGCACUUAUAAAUUUC